CUCCGUCGGCUCAACAACGAAAACGAAAUUUACUCAUAUUUUAGUUUUGUGCCUAAGAAUUUCAACAGUGUGUGAUAAAUUAAGCCAAAAAAAACAGUAGUGUUAAAAAAAUUUGUUAUGGAAGACAUAGAGAACAAACCGACAAAUAGUCCACCAAUAUACACAGUGGGCGAGAUAUAUCGGGCUUUAACGGGAAUACCUAUACCAAGAUUCGUGCUCCAGAUGUUCCUGAGCCGCGAGCCAGCGCUCUGCGUCAUCUGGCUGAUCCUGGGUCUGGGUCUGUGCCUCUUCGACAUCCUGGCCACCUAUGCCCUCCUCAAUCUGGUGCUGAUGGCCGGCCUGAUGAUCCUUUUCCACGGACUGUUUUACACCGUCAUCAUCCGCCCGUUUGUGCUGGUCGAGCCCUACGAGAACCUGAUGGACUGCAGCUUCAAUGUGACCUUGUCGACCCAAGGUGUCGUCGGGGUGUGCCACCGCCUGACGAAUUGCAUCAAUCGAUGCGUGGCCACUGCCCAGUUCGUCCUCUUUGGGCCGCACUUGCUGACCAGCUUGCUGGUGGUCAUCGCACUCAUGGAGAUCCGCUGCUCGCUCUCCUGGGCGGGAUUUUCCGCUUUCGUGAAGUUCGCCUACUGCCUGGGAUUCGUUUUGCCAAAAGCGUGGCAGGCCUUCCUAUUUUGGCUGGACGCUCAGCCGCGGAUCUGCCGCGCACACGUGCUAUUCGCCGCAGGGAUCAUGCUAAAGGAUGACUUCUUCAGGUUGCUCGAGGAAGUGCAAUCGGAGCAUUCCAGGCAGGUGUCGGAAGAAGCCCUGGAGGAAAUGGUGGACAGCUUGGUACUGCUAAAUGACAGGUUUCGCCAUGUGGAAUUAGAUGUCGACCGAAAAUCGUUCUCGCCUAAACAUUCGUUGUCUGAAUCGUCAGACGAAGAAUGCUGUUGCUUUAAAAAAACGGACAACAGGAAGGAAAUAAUGGAAACAAUCUGGAUCAUCAAAUCUUCCCUAUACCAUUUUAUUUACAUUUGAUUACGUUUAGUUUUGGUUUUAGUUAAAACUUCGAUUUUAACAACAUGCUACACAACAAAUACAAAUAGUGAGAAUGUCCUAAUGCACAUUGAACAAAGUUACUCUAAACACUUCACAAAACACAAUAAACACUGUGUGAUAAACUGAA